CUCCAUCCUGAAUCCUCUCAGCAUUCACCGUUGGGGCAGCUGCCAUGGCUGAUGCCUUGAUGGCUAAAGCAUCCUUUGCUUACUGAUAUGACAGGCAACAUUCUUUGUCCACACUUCAAUCGUUGUGGAAGGCAUGAGACCGGGUGAGGCUUUCAAAGGAAAUAUCAUCCUCAUUUUCCAAAUGGUGAAACUUACCUGCCUGAGAGUUUAAGGGGUCAUUCACAGUCACAGGGCUAGUAAUGAGCAGAUUAGGGUCUCCUAGCUUGUUGCUUUUUUUCCUGGACUGUUCUGCCUGCAACCUGCAGGGCUGUGACACUCCCUGGGAAGCUAUCAAGCAUGCUUGGGAGCAGGGGGAAUGGGCAUGGAGCUGGCAUACCUCCCAGGGGAGGGGACAUCUGACCCAAGAAUUAAAAGGCAGAUGUUUCCAUCAUAUUAGAAAGGAGAGAAGAAAGAAUAUUCCAGAAAGAAACUCUGUGAGCGGAGGCACAAAGCAAGUCAAGAGGAGCCACCCAGGGCAGGAUUGCUUGGGGAAUGGAAACUGCCUCCCUUUGCCUCCCCUGAGAGGCUGAGAUAAAGGAGCCAGGAGAGGCUGGGGUGUCUCCAGACCGAUAAACAGGCUCCACCCAGAGGCCAGUAGCAUGUGUGUGGGGACAAGGACUGCGGGUGGCACAUGUGCUCUUUCUCCAGCAAAAAGGAACUGGGGUGGGGGGUCAGAGAGAGGCUAUUUCCUGAAUCCCCAUCCUCAGACUCAGCACCUAGAGCAGAAGCAGGACGGAUUCUGAGAGCAAGAGAGACGGCCAGACAGACGUUCAGGAGGGUGGAGACAAAGAGUCGGUGGGGAGAGCCAUGUGGACUGAGCAAGCAAGUGGAUCGGGGACACGCAGGAGACGGGUGAAAUUUCCAGAAGAGGAGCUGCCCACCGCACAGGAUGGAUGGUGGCAAAAGACCUUGCGGGCGCUAAAGACCCUUCUGCUCUUCAGUAUAAUCCUUGGUGUUUCUCUGCUGCUUUGGGGCUACGUGUUCCAGGGCUGUGGUCCUUCCCCUUGCAAGACAUCUGUGUGUCAGGACCUCCUGGCUCUCUACCUGGCCUCUGGGAACACCAGUGUGGCCCCCUGCACUGAUUUCUUUAGCUUCGCCUGCGGAAACGCCAACAGGACCGGCAGUCCUUUUCAGGCUCUUGAGGAGGAGAACAAGCGCCGAGUUCGAAGAAUCCUGGAAACUCCAGGUUCCUGGCGCCUGGGCCCUGGGGAGGAGAAAGCCUUCGGAUUCUACAACUCCUGCAUGAACACGGAUGCCAUUGAGACAGCAGGGGCCGGUCCCCUCAGACAGGUUAUUGAGGAGCUUGGCGGCUGGCCGACCCCUGGUAACUGGACUCCGUCAGAUUUUAACCAAACUCUGAGCCUUCUGAUGAGUCAAUAUGGUCACUUCCCAUUCUUCAGAGCCUAUUUGCAACCUCUUCCCACCCCUCCAUACCUGCCAGUCAUCCAGAUAGACCAGCCAGAGUUUGACGUUCUCCUCAAGCAAUCGCAGGAACCGAAUUAUACCCAGAUCCUGCGGGAAUACCUGAAUUACCUGGAUCGCCUGGUAACCUUGCUGGGAGGAGACCAAAGCCAAGCGCAAAGUCACGCCUCCUUUUCCCUCGCCAUUAACUCACAGCUGAACCAGAUGCUGGGGUCUGGGGAGCAGCAGCGUGCCCAGGACAAGGUCUUCGAGAUGGUCACAAUUGACCAGCUGCAGAGAAUGGCCCCGACCAUUGACUGGUUGUCCUGUUUGCAAGCGACAUUCGCACCGAUGGCUCUGAGCCCCUCUGACCGCGUUGCAGUCCAUGACCUGGAGUAUUUGAAAAGCAUGUCGCAACUGCUUGCGGUGAAGCUGUCAGAGGACAGGGGCAUGCUGCAAAGCCACAUGAUCUUCGGGCUGGUGAAGAUACUUUCUCCAGCCCUGGACAGUCAGUUCCAAGAGGCACACAGAUCGCUGAACCAGAAAUUGGGGGAACUGACAGGACACCCACCCAUGCCGGCCCACCCUCGCUGGAUGAUGUGCAUAGAGAAGACAGAAGCCUUCUUCGAGCCCACACUGGCCACCUUGUUCAUCCGGGAGACUUUCAGACCCAGCACUCAAAGUGCUGCCAUGGAAUUAUUCACUGCCAUCAAGGAUACCUUCAUCAGUCACCUUCAUACGGUUCCCUGGAUGGAUGGAGAGACCCGGGCAGAGGCCCAGGACAAGCUUACCCAACUGCAGGUGAAGAUGGGGCCCUCGGAAUGGGUCCUGAAGCCAGACCUGGCCAGACAGGAAUACGACGACAUACAACUUGGACCCAGCUUCCUCCAGACCUUCCUGAGUUGCUUCCGCUCCCGCCAAGCCAGAGUCAUCCAGGAGUUCUUGCAGCCUGUCUCCAAUCACAGGUGGCAGGUGCCCCCCUGGGGCCUCAAGGCUUACUAUUCGAUACCUGACCACAUGAUGGUCUUCCCCGCCGGACUCCUCCAACCCCCGUUUUUCCACCCUGGCUACCCGAGAGCUGUGAACUUUGGUGCCGCUGGCAGUAUUAUGGCCCGUGAGCUAUUGCACAUCUUUGACCGGCUCUUACUCCCUGGGGGCUGCCCGGCCUGUGACACCCGUGCCCUGCAGAAAGCGCUGCUGUGCCUGGAACGCCUCUACACUGCCUUACCGUCACCCAAGGGAACCUCCUUCGAUGUCUCCCGCACGCUCCUGGAGGAUGCUGCAGACGCCGGGGCACUGGCCGUUGCGCUGGAGGCAUACAAAAAGAGGCUAGUACUGUUCCGUGGGGAAACCAUCCUGCCUAGCCUAGACCUCAGCCCCCGGCAGCUCUUCUUCCAAAGCUAUGCCCAGGUGAUGUGUAGGGACCCCAGUACCCAGGAUCCUCAGGACAUUCACAGCCCUCCUACCCUUCGCGUCCACGGACCCCUAAGCGACAGUCCAGCCUUCGCCAGACACUUCCACUGCCCCCAGGGGACCCUCCUGAGCCCCUCCCACCGCUGCCAACUCUGGUAACCUGGCCGGCUCCCAGAGAGAUCUCAGUACAGGUGUACCGGCAUCUCUGCGCCCCAUCCCUGGAACCAGGGCCAACACCUCCUCUGC